AUGAGUUCCUUUUCUGAAAAGAGUCACCCGGUGCAGUCUAAGGCUUCGGAACAUGAUGGCGAUGUUAUUCAGGAUGAAGCCAUUCAUGUUCCGGGCUAUGAUCCUACCCUUACCAUCGAGUCUGGGGAAACCAGGAGAGCUUUGCUCAAAGUUGACUUCUUCAUCUUGCCCUUUAUCGUUCUUUGUUUCUGCUUCCUCCAAUUUGACCGUACCAACAUCGGCAAUGCCUUAACCGAUACACUUCGAACGGACAUCAACAUCGACAACUCAGACAUCAACUUAGCCCAAACUCUCUUCACAGUCGGUUUCAUCGUUACAGAGCUGCCCUUCAACAUGAUCAGCAAGUACAUGGGCCCUGAGCGAUUCCUUCCCAUCACCAUGUUCCUCUGGGGUAUCGCUACUUGGUCCCAAAUCUUCUUGAAGAAUGCACACGGCUUAUGUGCUGCUCGAUUCUUCAUUGGUGCUCUGGAGGGUGGUUAUAUCCCUGGUUUUGCUCUUUACAUCUCGCGAUACUAUACAAACCAAGAGCUUGCUUUACGAUAUGCUAUCUUCUGGGCUUCCAACAGCUUUGCUGGUGCUCUUGGUGGGCCUUUGUCUAUCGGUCUUCUUUCACUUCGUGGAAGAGGUGGUCUUCAUGGAUGGCAAUGGCUAUUCCUCAUUGAGGGUGUUUUGACAUGCUUCCUCGGAGUCCUCGCAUACCUCUACUUCCCCCACAACGCCGCGAAGCCUAAGUCCUUCUUUGGCAGAUCCUUCAACAUCUUCACCGAGCGUGAGGCUUCCAUCAUCGUCACCCGCGUCAUCCGUAACGACCCUACCAAAGCCCUUCGAUACGGCCAACCAGUUCUACUGUCACAUAUUGUCGAUACUUUUACUGACUGGAGAUUAUACGGUCAUCUCGUCGCUGGCCUUCUCUCCAUGGUCAUGAUCUCUCCGAUGAACACAUACGCACCCUCCAUCAUCAAGUCAUUGGGCUUCACUUCCCUUCAAGCCAAUGGUCUCAACUCCGUCGGCAGUGUCUGUGCCUUGAUUUGGUCAGUCACGUUGGCUUUCAGCAGUGAUCACUUCCGCGAGCGUGGGUUCCAUAUUGCCCUUGGCUAUCUCUGGGGAGCUGCCGGUCUACUUUGGCUAGCCCUUGCACCAAAUGGUGUAUCGAAGUGGACUCUAUACGGCGGAGUGGUCUGGACACAGAUGGGAAUGGGCUGUGUCCAAGCCAUCAGUGCUGCAUGGCUCACAACCAAGAUGCAGGAUUACAAGAGACCUGUUGCACUGGCUGCUUAUGUGAUGAGUAUCCAGCUUGCCAAUUUUCCCGGUAACCAACUCUUCAGAACUCAAGAUGCACCUCGGUAUACUCGCGGACUGAGUAUUGCCGCUGGCUGUGCUAUUGCUGCCGCUGUUGUUAUUCUGGUCUGGAAGUUGCUGUACCGACUCUUUGACAAUGGUGAUGCUGGUGUCGAGGAAAAGUUUCAAGUUGCUUCAGACGAGACUAGGAGUGGGAUUUAA